CUGCUCAUCUCUCCACUCAGUGUGUGUCUGUGCGUGAGUGUCUGUUUGGACUCAUCUCAGGCCUUUACCAUGAAACACUGCGUGCUGUUGUUGCUGGUGUUGGGGUGCGCCCACGUCCGCGGCGCUCCGGUGGAGCAGGGAGGCCUGGAGCAGGGGUCGUGUGAAGACCCGGCAGCGAAGGGCGCUGCAGGACAGGCUCUCAAGAAGAUCAACCAGGACCGGCAGGAGGGCUACGUCUUCGCUCUGCACCGUCUGUCCAACGUGCACUUGGCAAAACAUGGAGAAAAUGGCGUUGUUUUCUACCUGACGCUGGACGUGGUGGAGACCAACUGCAGCGUUCUCAACAGGAACGUUCAGAAAAUCUGUGAGGCUCGUCCCACCCACGAUACACCGGUGUAUGGACAGUGUAAGGCUGCCAUCUUCAUCAAUAGGGUGAACAGAGUGGUGCGUCUCUACAAAUACAACUGUGCUCUCAGACCAGCUCCUGCAACCAGGUUGACUGAAAUCUGCCCCGACUGCCCGACUCUGACCAGCAAUGACGACGCUGAUAUUCAGAAGGCUGUGUCCGCCUCUCUGGAGAAGUUUAACAAGGAGAGCGGACUGGCCAAGCGUUUCGCUCUGCUCAAUGUCACCCGCGCUACUGUUGGGAUGGGCAUGGCCACAUUCUACAAUGCUGAGUUCACCAUCCAUGAGACGACCUGCAACAAGGACACGGAGGCUGAUAAGUGCCCCAUCAUGGACUGCGAGUUCGCUCACAAGGGCUUCUGUAAGGGAUCCCUGAUCACCCCUCCCACUGGUGACACUGAGACCACUGUGGAGUGUGAGAUCUAUGAGCCUGAGGCUGCUGACAGAGAGAAGAAGCUCCACCUGCUGGGCGGAGAGGCUGACCACAACCACAACGACACACACGCACAUGACCACGCCCAUGACCACGCCCACAGCGCCGACCACUCACACACACACGACCACGAGCAUGACCACACUAAGGGCCACGCUCAUCACGACAAAACCCACACACACGCUGACAACGCAGAGCACCACCACACUCACGACCACGAGGCAGGCAGCGCCCACAAGCACGCUCACGAUCACUCCCACGACCACGGGCACGGCCACGAUCACGUGCAUGCCCAUCAUGCCAAAGCACAUGAACACACCGGUGACUCGCCAAACCAACACCACGGCUACAAACACACCAGUGGUGAGCACACCCACGAUCAUGACCACGAGCUGGCCCUGGACCACGACCACAAGCACCCUCACCUGCACGCACACGAGCACCACCACCAUCACCACGACCACCAACAUGAAAAUGCACACCACGACCACCCAGAGGGCACGGUGAAGAUGUUGCCCGCCAUCGACCGGCCCGUGACCCUGCCUUACUUCCCUGAAGUCCCUGAGGUUGGAGUCACUCUGCCCGCAAAGCCCGAUCCCCAGAUCCCCGAAGAGGUGGAGCCCACAAUUGUGGCGUUCCCCACCUCAAACUCCGCGCAGUGCACCACCCCGACGGGAGAGCUCACACUGGUGGACAAACUCUUCAACGAGGACCCUCUGUUCAAGCCAGCCGCAUAAGUAGGAACUCAACUAGAACCUGAAUGGAUCUGGAAGAACUCACACAAAUGCACAGACUGUAGUGAAGUAACAGGAAACUUCUUUAGUCACAUCUCGGCCGUUUCCUCUCGGUCAAAGUUGGUUUGAUGUAAGAACAAAACAUCUAACUGCUCCUGUGUCUCUUCACUUCCACCAUCUAAUAAAGGUUGAACACAUCUAACACAAAGGGAAAUGUUACAUCAACCUGUUUUAUUUUCACAUUUUCAUCGGUCAUGUCAUAAAAAAAUAAAAAUAAACAACAGAAACUGUCGAGACCUUCAACCUUGUACAAACAUUUUCUGUGUUUGGCAAAAAACCAAUAAACUAUACUGCAAAUACUAAUCUGGUGUUUGAUCAAUGACCAGGAAA